AUGAAAAUAACAAGGCAGUUUUCACAUCGCUGUGCUGUAUUCUUGCUGACAUUUUUCAGUUAUGCAUUCUUCCAUGCAAAUAGAAAGGCAUUCAGUAAUGUGAAAACUUCUACUGGAAAUGUUUGGACUCCAAGUUUUCAUAAUGCAACUCUUCCACCACUGAAACCAGACAAGAUAUGGAACAGUCAUACUUUAUUUAACAAUGCAGACGGUGCCGAGCAUUUUCAAGGAAUUCUGGACACAGCUUUCAUGGCUGCUUAUGCUGUUGGACUCUUCCUCAAUGGCUACAUUGGAGAUAGGGUCAACAUGAGGAUUCUCCUGGCUGUCGGCAUGGCAGGCACCUCAGUCACGGUGUUUGUGUUUGGGUGUGUUUGUGAGUGGGCAUCAUACUACAACAUAUACUUCUAUGCAGCUGUGUGGAUCAUAAAUGGCUUUUUGCAGUCCACUGGUUGGCCUGUAGUCGUUGCUUGUAUGGGAAACUGGUUUGGGAAAAGCAGUCGCGGUGUUUUGCUUGGCUUGUGGAGCUCUUGUGCCUCAGUAGGAAACAUUAUAGGAGCUCUGAUGGUUGCUUCGGUGUUGUCCUAUGGGUAUCAGUAUGCCUUUUUGAUGACCUCUUGUGUUCUCCUGUCUGGAUCCUUUAUGGUCUUCUUUGGAUUGGUUCCAUCACCGGAAGAUGUGGGUCUAGAGAGGUCUUCUGAUGAUAAAGAUGAUGAUGAUGAACAAAGUCCUAGCAUUAACACACAUGGCAGGGAUCAGAAAGCACCUCUGUUGUCUGACGUUCCAAAUUAUGGCAGUGCCAGCUCAGAUGAAGAGAGCAGUCCUUACCAAGUGGGCAGAUCUAUCAAUCCUGAAGAUGGUGUCAGUUAUGAAAUACAAGCUACCAGACCAGCUUCCAUAUCAUUCUGGAGUGCUUGUCUCCUGCCAGGAGUGAUUCCAUAUUCAUUAGCAUAUGCCUUUUUGAAGCUUGUCAACUACUCAUUCUUUUUUUGGCUGCCAUUUUAUCUGAGCAAUGCUUUCCAUUGGUCUGAAAGUUUUGCAGACAAACUGUCGACACUCUAUGAUGUUGCUGGCAUUGUGGGUGGAACUAUUGCAGGAUUUAUUUCAGAUCGUGUUGGUAAGAGGACUGUUUUAAUUGUACCCAUGCUGUUGGUGUCAAUCCCUUCACUUCUUAUUUACAGCAAUUCACCAAAUAGUUUUAGCAUAAACUCUGCCUUGAUGUUUCUGGUUGGGUUUUUCAUUGGAGGAGCUGCCAAUUUGAUCAGUUCUGCUGUUUCUGCAGAUCUGGGCUGUCAGAAACAACUCCGUGGCAAUGAUCGGGCCUUGGCAACCGUGACUGGAGUCAUAGAUGGCACAGGAAGUGUUGGUGCAGCUCUUGGCCAGAUUGCUGUCCCAUAUCUGCAGACUGGCUUUAACUGGCAUGCAGUGUUUUAUCUAUUUAUGAUUUGUAUGUUUCUGACAGCGGUGUGCCUGUUCCCACUUUUCUUUAAGGAAAUCAGAAGUUUGAAGUGCUUUUCUCGUUGCAGACAAAGGGCCAAUUACCCGACUGUCCAGGAUAGAGAGUAUCUUGCUAGUAGCAGUUGA